CCGCCGCUGCCGCCCAGUUCAGCCAAUGAGAACUUGAGUCUCGAGACGCUCACGUCAGCCUUCCAGUCAGCUGAUAACUGUAAACAAACAAGAGGAGACAUUUAAAUAUAGUGACGUUGAAGGAGAAGAUUGGUGUUGAAGAUAUACAAGAUGUUCCACACAAUUUGCAAGUCAAAUAUUGUGCAGUAUGGAAGGCAUUACCAACAGGCUAAGGUUCUCAGGACUGCAGGCUCUCAUAUCUUGGGAAGUUGCCAUAUUCACCAAGAAUAUUCCUUUAAGACAAGCACUGAAAAUUUCAUUCACAAGUUAGACAAUGCUCAUAUAAAUAAUUCUGAGAGCAAAUAUGAAAGAGGAAAAUAUCAUAGACAUAGAGUAAAUUAUAGGAAUCAAUUAGGCAUACUAGCUGGAAUCAUGGGAACAGCUGCAAUCCUUGGCAUAGAUUCAGCUCUGUGUGAAAACCAAGAAGAAAAUGCACAUGAUGAAAUUAUAUCACUUAAGUCAACAGUCACAUCCACAAUCAGUAAUAUUUCAUCUGGAGAAUCUUUAACAAAUCAAGAUGCUGAUCAGAAAGGUCAGGAUGUAGUUGGUACAGAAAAACAUUCUGCUGAAACCCAAGCAUUCCCUCAUGGGAACAUAACUUAUGCUCGUAAUACUGAAACAGCAAGUACAUUAGCAACACAUGAUAUUUCUCAGAAAGAAAAUUUGACUGAUUUUCAAGAGACCGUGAAGAAGUCUCGUCAGCUGUUGAAGCGUUGCAUGGAGGAGGCUGGAACACCAGGCAUUGUUGUGGCAGUAUCAGUGAAUGGCAAGACAGUUUGGGCAGAUGGAUUUGGGUUUGCUGACCUAGAAAACAAUGUUCGGUGUACGUCCAACACUGUCAUGCGCAUUGCCAGCAUCAGCAAAGCAUUAACUAUGACAGCUGUUGCUAGGCUGUGGGAGGAAGGAAAGUUGGAUCUUGAUGCUCCUAUUCAGAAAUACAUCCCAAGUUUCCCUGUUAAAACCUACCAUGGGGAAGAGGUAACUAUAACAACCAGGCAUCUUAUCAGCCACAAGUCAGGAAUUCGGAAUUAUAAACGGAAAGAUGCCAAUAAGAAGGAAAGAGGAGAGGUGAAGGAGGAGAUGACUACUGUAUCAAAAGAAGACAGUAAGAAACAUAAAGAAAAACAAUCAAAUAAAGCAAAUGAAAAAAAUGAAAAAUCUAUAAACUCUGAAAAGGAAAGCAGUGAAAAGAAAUCCAUAAAUGACAAGCAAAAUGAAAAUGAAGAAAGUGGCAUUAUCGCUAAAGAGAAGCCAAAGGGGCGAAAUAAGAAAUUUAAAGGAAAAUGCGGCAAAACAAAAAAGUCUAAAAAACAGGAAGAGGAGGAUGAAUUUGCCAUGCAAGAAUAUUACAUUAAGGAAGAAUUUAAUACUGUUCAGGAAUCACUUGAGCUCUUUCAGAAUGAUGAGCUGUACUUUAAGCCUGGUACAGACUACUUAUACACAACUCACGGAUGGACAGUUGUGAGUGCUGUGGUGGAAGGCGCGUCCGGAAAGCCAUUUACUGAAGUCAUAACUCGUCUCUUUUAUGACCUGGGUCUUGAAAAUACGUAUCUUGACAAAAAUGCCCCUAUUAUAUAUAACAGAGCGAGAUACUAUAUUCGUGACAAAGAUGGCAAGCUAAAGAAUGCCCCAUAUAUAGAUAACUCCUAUAAAUGGGCUGGUGGUGGCUUCCUCUCUACAGUUCAUGACCUCUGCAAGUUUGGAAAUGUGAUGCUGUAUUCAAGUCAACAGGAAAGUGAAAAUGACAAUGAAGGGACCCAUGUGCUGCCAGGCUUCUUAAAAGCAUCUACAAUGCAAGCAUUGUGGACUCCAGUGGAUGGCACCAAUGUGAAGUGGGUCCACGAUCAAGGAUAUGGAAUGGGUUGGGAGGCCAUGAAAGAAAAUCAUUCAUAUGGAUUUUGUAGAAACUCCCGGCAUUUUGCUUUGCAUUCAGGAGCAGCAGUAGGAGCUAGCAGUGUCCUCCUUGUUCUUCCUAAGCAAGGUUAUUGCUGCAAAGAGAAUGGUGCUCCUCCCAAAGGAGUAGUUGUAUCAAUAAUUACCAAUAUGCAGAGUGUUAACCUCAAAAAAGUGGCAUUGCAGAUUGCUCACUAUUUUGAGAAUCUGCAAUAAAAUAUUUAAAAUAUGAGACACACAAACAUUGACUUUUUGUAGCUUAAUAUUUUCACAGGAAAGUAAACCGUGCUAAUUAAAAUACUGUACUAUACAUGUUGCAAGGUGCAACAAGUUUGUUUAAAUGUGCUUUUAUUGGGUUUAAUUUUAAAAUAAAAGUAUAAGGACGUCAAAGGAUAGCUAUUAAUGCUUUGAACUCAGUUUGUAAGGUAAGAAUUUGAUCCCUUGGUAAGAUUGGGUUGGAAUGAUAGGUGUGCUAGGAGGCAGUUGCAGUACUGUACUUAUGUCAGGGUUAUAGAAAAAAUAACCCUUCUUGCCUUUUGGCUUUCAUCCUGCAAGGCUGUGGAGAACUCUGCAAGUUUAUAUUUUUUUAAGUUUUUCAUUGUUAGUAAAAACCUGGAUUUUUUUAAAAAUCCAACCUGCCCAAAUUUGGUUUUUAUCUAUUUAAUUAACAGAUAAAUAAAUUUCUAGUUUAAUUUUGAAUAGAAAUAACUGUUGGCCCCACAUUAAAGUAAACAAAGUUUGUUUUAACCCACCCGUAUUUUUUAAACUAAAAAACUCGGUCCAGGCAGGUAAGUGGAUUAGUAAAUUUUAGUUUAACUUUUCCAACUGCAGUGUUGCCAGUUGUGACUCAAAUUAAUAUACAGAUAGAAAAGAUCAUCCCAGCAAAUGGGGGACCUUUGACAAACCGCCAGCUUCCUGUCCUCGUCAAGGCCACUAGUAUUACUUUUUUCUAUUAUCUUUCCACUGUAACCUUUCCAUUCUCACUCACAGAAUGGGUUGCACAAUAAAUUAACUAAGCUAAAAAAAAAUUAAACAAUGGAAAAACAAAAAUUCCGGGCAAAAUAUAUUUAGACAAAGAUUUCAAAACAAUACAUGUUCUAAUGCCUCUUCUAUGUUAGGCACCCUUUAAGUGUGAAAUGUAGUUUCUGGAUAGCAAUGGCUAUUUGUACAAUUGUCCACUUAUAGUAUAUUUAUAUGUAAGCACUGUACUGUGCAGUAAUGAAAUUGAUCUGCUGAGUGUAUAGAUUCACAGCAUUUGCAAAUACUUCCAGUCCAUUGUAAACUUGCUCUUGCUGUGGUCUUAAUCCAUACAAAAAUAAUUUGGUGUUGCUCAUUGAACUGCUUCUUCGGCCACUUUGACACAGCACACGUUCAUAAAAAAAACAUUUUAUGAAAAACACACAUUACAUAAAAACUUUACUGAACUGGCAUAUUCAAAUCACCAACUGUAGUCACUUCAUGUUUGCUGCACACUUCUACUAUUCCAUCAUAUAUUUUAACUGUCAAUUUUGAGAAUUGACUCAGAAGGUAGGAUAUAAAUUAUACUUAAUUCUUUUAUGUGUAUUUGUUCAAAUUCUAUAAAAUGGAUUCAAUAUUUUAAAUAAUUGUGUAGCUUUUACCGGCUGCUUUUAAUUGGUGGGCUUCCCCUAAGCAGUACAAAUACCCUGUACUUUAAAUAUAAAUAUACAUAAAUGUCUUAAGCCCUUACAUUGCUCCAAUUACUGGAGAACAAUUGACCCCAUAUGCUUCAAUUGCCCAGAGAUGAUUUAAGGUGGCCCAUUUUAAUCUUAAUCCCCCACAUAUUCUAGGGGAUGGCAUUUGACACUAUUUAUCUGUACAUACAUAUACAGUAUUUCCAAUACUGAAUACUGAAUAAUAUAUACUGAAUACCACUACUGUACUGACACAUCAAUACAACAUGUGAGCAUGAAAACAUUUAAUAAAUAAAGUGAGAAACGGAGAAAAUAAAUGGACCAGGUUAUUCCCGUGUGGUGCCUCACCUCAUUACAGUUCUACAGAAAAAAUUAAACAUCUUCGGGCACUACAGUUAAACCAUAAUAGGAAGAGACUUUACUUGGAUUUUCGUGCUUCUUGUAUGUAAAUUAACAGUAUCAAAAGCAAAUAAAAAUCUGAAUUUUUUCUUGUGCAUGACAGACUGCAUUAAAAUGGCCUGCACAGUGUAAGGGUUAAAAUAAACUGAAGUGUUAUCUUACAAAUUAGUUGUUUUAAAAAAAUCCAGGCAAAUUUUGUGAGAAUCCAGAUUAGCACCAGCAUUGAGAGCCUCCCAUAUCUCUGCUACACACCUACCAAGAACCAAUUACACCUAGCCUGAAAGUCAUCAACAUCCUCACACUUCAUCACCCAACCACUUAGGCUGGAGGGUAGAGUGACAGUCUCGCUUCAUGCAGGUCGGCAUUCAAUCCCCAACUGUUGAAGUGGAUGGGCACCAUUCCUUUUCCUCCAUCCCGUCCCCAAUCCUUAUUCUGACCACCUUCCCAGUGCUAUAUAGUCGAAAUGGCUUGGCACUUUCUCCUGAUAGUUCCAUUCCCUCACAUUAUAUAUAAAUACUGGAUUGCAUUAUGCAAACACUCAAAUGUUUGGCUGCAGUCACCAACUGCCAACACUUGACUACGAUCUCUGUGUCACCUAACCUCUCCGCCCAGAGCGUCUGUCUGGCUUCGGUCAUAUACUCCUUUCUAUUCACAGAAAACUUACCUUUUUGUUUGGGUAUCACUAAAGACCCUAAACAGUUGGGCACUAGUGUGAUAUCAGCAUUGGUUGCUGUAUACAUAUGUAAGUUACAACUACAGUACAGUACUGAACUGUAAUACAAUAUUUACUAAAAAUGUGCAUGGUGUUUGCCAAAUUUUGGUAUAAUUAUGUGGGUUGUGUUGCAAACACUAUGAAUUGUGUAUCAGAUGUUAGAUCAUGUGACGUUAAAAAUGUAAUUAUAAAUGCAUUUUCAUAAUCAAUCAUAAAUUGCCUUGAAAUAAAUUUCAAGGCAAUUUAUGAUUGUAUUUAAAAUUUUAAAUGUUAAAAAUAUUACAAUAAAAUAAUUUUACAA